GCCCACCUCACCUGCGGCGUCAUAGGAUGAAAUCAAACAUGGCCGACAGACGGCUGUGGUUAUAAAAGUUAGCGACGGGCGAUGAGAAAAGUCCCCAAAGCUUCCUAUUUUUGAUGAAACUGUUCUAACCUUCCGCGUUCUUGGAACGUCAUUUUAUACUAUUUACAUUUUUUGAAAACUGAACUGGAUCUUCAUCGUAAAAUUGUGUCGUCGGGCAUUUUAGCCCUCACUGUUAGCCUCGUUAGCACUAGCAGCUGAGCUAAGCGCUCCGUUUUUGUUCCGGAAAACAACGUUUUUAAGGCGGUGCAAUUGACAUUUAUUUUGUUUUUUGGCACUUUUAGCCUUAUUUGGGAGACGUGUCGUAAAUUUUCGUGUUUUUCGGAUUAGCAAUUGAUAGCUGCUAAGCUAGUUUUCAAGCAGUCCUCUUUUGUGUUUUUUCUGACUGCUUGUUCUUGGGGGGAGAAAAACAAAGAAGAAAUGGACGUAAAGCGAUCCCACGGCGCACGUCAGACGAGCAGCAGCAGCAGUGGAGAGUCGAGCUGCGACAGCCCCGGAUCCCCGUCGAGGAGCCCCGCACAGUUCGGGAGCCAGGCGUCGGCCUCCAACGUGUUCGCCAACGACGGCAGCUUCAUGGAGCUUUUCAAGAAGAAGAUGGAGGAGGAGAAGAGGAAAAAAGAGGCGCAGCUCGCAGGUGCCGGAGAUGCGGGGCCCAACGAGCAAGGACAGACUUCCCUGGAAAAGAAGCCCCCUCCUGUGACGACCUUUGUGGGGAAGCGCAGAGGCGGCGUGUUCCUCAAGACCGGCAUGGUUGCAAAGAAGCAGAAACAGGACUCAGACGCUGUCGGAGGCAAGAGCGAUGCCUGGUCAAAGUACAUGGCUGAAGUGAAAAAGUACAAAGACCACCAGUGUUGUGACGACGAUAAAACCCGGCCUCUCGUCAAAUAGGACUCCAACAGAUGAAGCUCCUUUUGAAGACGCUCACCGAGAGCCUUCAUGAACUGUAAAGAGACAUUUUCCCUCUUUUUGUAUUGUUUGUCUGUUUUUGGGCUGUCAUGUUGGUUUCAGAGACUCUGCUUUGAAUAAUUAAAAUUAAAACGUCACAAGACUGAUUCAUUGCAUCAAUGUCUCGAAUUAAAGUCUAGAUUAAACCA